GGAGUAUACUUGAACACUACACACUGGAAAAUCCCCUUUUACUUAAAAAAUUGGAGAUGUCUUCACGCCGAGGUGAUCGUUCACGAUCAGAAUCACCUCAACGAAAAAAACACCCUAUUUCGGAGGACGAUUACUUUACAAAAUCAGCAGAAUUUCGUACUUGGCUUAGAGAAAAAAAAGAUAAAUUUUUCGAUGAAUUGUCUUCUGAGCAGGCGCGCCGAUAUUUUAAGAAAUUCAAAUAUUAUGAUGGUAUGAGAUCAUCACAACUGACAAGCUCAGAGACCACACGAUAUAAAUGGAAACAUUUAAAAGUUAAUCAGCAUGAACUUGAUGAACUUGAUACUAUCAAGCAUUCAGUGGACCGACAAACUAAUGUAAAAUUUGCGACCGAGGUACAAAUGAGAUCAAGUGGAAUUAAAAAUGAAGCCCCUAAAAGGAUCAUUGGACCGUCUAUGCCACCUGUUCGAGGGUCAGUUGAAUAUAACGAAGAUUUGGAUCAAGAGGACAAAGAGCGGUAUGAACGAGCACUACGAAAAAAAGAUCGUAAGAAUUUUCAAGCAACACAUGAUAUGGUUCUUGAAGAAUUAGUGCCGAAGGCUACAGGUAAAGAAGCUUUAAUAGAAAAGAAAAGAGCUCGAAAUAAUUAUUAUAGAAGAGAAGCAAGCCCAGAUAUUGAACUGAAUGAAAGUGACCUAAUGGGCGGUGAUGAUUAUGAAUCUAG